UGAUGGAAGGUAGUGGGUUUGAGGCACACCGGGUCUACAUGCAGGAGGUGUCUGGAGAAUAUUGUGAGGUGUAACCUACAAAUGAUGUGAAGAAGGAUUGCCUUUUAUUUCGUUUUUAUUUCGUUUCACAGAGCCCUGGAUAUAAAUUUUCUUCGUUUGGAAUACAUUUUUAAUACAGUCAAUGUUAUUGACUUGAUGUUGGAUCCAGUUAAACUUUUCUUCGCUAUCCGACAUUGCUCAAUGCAUUCCUCUUUAGACCGACGGUUUUAUGGACUUCUGUAUUAGCUAAUGAUGUCGAUGGGUUUCAUGCCUGAUCGUUUGAAUGCUUCAGACCCCUCCAAAUCUGCAUUUUUAGAGUUUGGGUACGAGCACCCUGCGCACCAGCAGCAUUCCCAAGGAAUCUCUCACAUCUACCCCGUUAAUGGCUUACAUUCUGCCGGACAUUCUCAACACGGUAGUCCCUUCUCUCCCAGCGCGUCCUCUUAUGGCCGCUCCCUGGGCUACGCCUACCCCAGCGCGGUGAACACUCAUCCCCCAAGUGCCUACAUGCCCUACCAGCACAACAAUCACAGUUUGGCGCACUCCAGAUUAGAGGAGACAGACCAUGAGAAGUCUACAGUGAUUGAGAAUGGGGAAAUUCGCCUGAAUGGUAAAGGAAAGAAAAUACGCAAACCUCGGACCAUCUACUCCAGUCUGCAGCUACAGGCGCUCCACCAGAGGUUUCAGCAGACACAAUACCUGGCCUUACCCGAGCGCGCGGAUUUGGCGGCAAAAUUAGGGCUGACCCAAACACAGGUGAAAAUAUGGUUUCAAAACAAGCGCUCGAAAUAUAAGAAAAUAAUGAAGCACGGCAGCGGACCGGAGGGUGAACAUCUCCACAGUACGUCAUCUAUCUCUCCCUGUUCACCCGGCAUGCCCCAACUUUGGGAGGUGUCAAUGGCAAACAAAGGGACCCCUAUGCACCCCAACAAUUACAUGAACAAUUUUGGUCACUGGUACCCAAACCAUCACCAGGAUCCUAUGUGCAGACCUCAAAUGUUAUGAGCGAACCAUCUUAACACAUUGCGCGGUGCUGUAAAACACCACACACACAGCCAUUUUGAACAUUUUAAAGGCCUAAAGGCCUAUAGGCUGCCUAUACCCAAACGCAAACGUGUUUCGUCUAUCAAGUUUGAAUUGUGUGUAUACGUGUGUUAAAUGGAAAUUGUAUUUUUUUUUUCUUUUAUUGCAGUGUAUGUUUUUGGAUGAAGAUUUGUUAUGUAGGCCUAUGGUUAUUUCGUAUGUGUCCACUUUACGCACUGUUCUUUAGAUUGGAACGGCUUUGGUGAGAAUUGUGCUGGCAGGUGGAAACAUGUGUAUGAUUUGAUUCCAGCAGGGUACAUGCACCUGAAUAUGUGUGUCGACUGGUUAUGACCGUUUUAUUGAUGUGAUUAACAGGAGUGCCCCAGUCCACGUUUGGAUCGCUAGUCUCAGCAAUUAUGAACUCAUUAUGCAUAAUAAAUGUCAGAUUUGUUUGAUAAAAACUG